ACAUUUGGUGUCAGAAGUGGGAUUUACCAGAAUCCAAGUUGAAUUUUGAAGGAAACAAGAAGUAAAUUACAGAAGGAAGACCCUGCAAUGGAAAACCCCAGUUUGAUUGCACUGCUCAUGCAGAUCAAAGAUGAAAGGAUGGACAAAAUGGAAGACAACAGUAGGAAAAUCAUGGACGAAAUGAGCGACAACACUAGGAAAAUGGACGAAAAAAUUGACAGAAUGAAUGACAAAAUGGAAGACAGCAGUCGGAAAAUGAUGAGCGAAAUGAGCGACAACAGUAGGAAAAUGGACAGAAUUAAUGUCAAAUACAAAGAGAUGCUGAGUAAAAUGGACGACAACCGUAAGAAAUUUGAAGACCUGAAGACAACCGUUGAAGGUUACAAGGCGUUUAAUCCAUAGAUCAUUGAUAACCGUAAAUCUAUACUAAAGAUUAAACGUAAAUCCCGAGCGUCUGUGAAAUAUUAUUAAAAAUGAGCUCUAAUAUU